GACCGCUCCCACGUGACUGCGGUCUUCGCUUUUUCACGGUGAUGAAUAGGAAGUAGCUGUAAGUCUGUGAACUGUAAAUUAUUUCUUAUCUAAAACAACACGUGUGCUCUUUCAAGAUCUGAAAGCGCCAAGUGUGUAGAGAUUUGGGAAAGGAGUUUCACUGAGAGGCGAGGUAUUGAUCCAGAUCGAUACGGUGAAUGAUUAUCACGCACGUUUGAAAGUCGUCUUCAUUCUCCAGUGCCCGUGAAGCAGGCUGCAGGUAGUUGGGCCAUGGGUGAUCAGGAACUGCUAGAUCUGCCAAUGAGCCAGGGCAAAUUUGAGCAGAUCUGGGGGGACCUAGGAUUUGGUGAGCUGAUCAAGGAGCUGCCUCGUACAAACAGUGAUGCUUGGCUUACCGCUGCAUUGCCUGAUGGCCAUUUUCCAGAUGGCCUUGACCUGGAUCUCCCGGAGAACACUGAUGCUGCUGUUCCUGCACCUGAUGUAGCCCCAGUUGUGGACAGCCUCCCACCUCCUGCCACUGUAGUGCCCUCAACCACAGACUAUCCUGGGGAAUAUGAUUUCCAGUUACGCUUUAAUCAGUCCAGCACUACGAAGUCAGCCACAUCUACAUAUUCUCAGAUGCUGAAUAAGCUGUAUUGUCAGCUAGCAAAAACGUGUCCUGUGGAUAUACUGGUGGGCAGAGAGCCACCUAAGGGUGCCAUUCUAAGAGCCACAGCGAUUUAUAAGAAAUCAGAGCACGUUUCUGAGGUGGUAAUCCGCUGUCCACACCACCAGAGCAUCGCUGAGAACAACGAAGGUGUUUCCCACCGUAGCCAUCUCAUCCGUGUGGAGGGCAGUCAGAGAGUCCAGUAUCAUGAGGAUCCAAACACCAAGAGGCAUAGUGUGACGCUGCCUUACGAGUCCCCACAGCUGGGUUCAGUGGUAACCACCAUACUACUGAACUUCAUGUGCAACAGCAGCUGUAUGGGUGGGAUGAAUAGGAGGCCAAUUCUCACCAUACUGACCAUGGAGACAUUUGAGGGACAGGUCCUUGGUCGCCGAUGUUUUGAAGUUCGAGUGUGUGCAUGUCCAGGCCGUGACCGCAAAACAGAGGAAGUCAAUCUGAAAAAGAUUACUGGGGAGACAGUAACUGGGACAAAGAGAAAAAUUACACCAGAGGAUCAAAUUUCGGAUCAGUUAGCUGGACCUGAAUCCACUGAUGAGAUUUACAUUCUUCAUAUACGUGGGAAGGAGCGUUUUGAAAUGCUAAGGACCAUAAAUGCUAGUUUGGAGCUUAUGCACAUGAUGCCUGUUGCUGACCAAGAAAAGUACAGGCAAAAACGAAACACCUUAAAACUUGAUCAAGCCAGUCUGCAGCCGAAGAGUGGCAAAAAACGUCUAAAAGAUUCAGACUAAAACGGCUUUUCAUUUUGUUACUUUUUCUAUGCACAAAAAUCAAAAAGUCUUCUACUAGCUUUUCUGAAGAUGGGUGUGUAACCUGUGAGUUCAAGGUGUUGUAUAUAGCGAACCAUAAUUUCUUUCAAGAACUUUUUUUUUUUUUGCAUGCCCAAUAUUUUUUAUUUUUUAUAAUUAUUGAAAUAAAAUGUUUUGUAAUGUAA